GUAUUUAAAGUGAGACGGAGCCCAUGAGCAAUGCAUUGGUUUGCUUGCAUCCACGCGUCCACAGUCGAUAGAAUUGUUGUAAUUAUUCGCUUUUUCCCCCCAAAAUCAACUUGAGUCUCUCCCCGUGUUCUCAAGUGUAGUGACCCGCACGAUCUCGUGAGAGCAGAAAAAAGCGGACUUAGACAACUAAUUCCUAUCGAGGAUCCAACGCUCGCCCAAGUAGACCACUCCCCACCCCCCGAUAAAAAGGAGAAACGCAGUGAUACCACGAGAAUCCUUUACGAGCAUCAAAUCGCAAGGAAAUUCUCAGUGUUUAGGCGUUCGCGAGGAUUUGCCAUCAAAAUCAAUUCAUCUUUCUUGUCCUGUGAAAUUGUGUGUUGAAUUUUUUUUUCCCCACUCUUCAAUCAAACACCCACAAUGGCCGUUGCAGCUGCACAGAAAAAUCGCGAAAUGUUCGCUAUCAAAAAAUCCUACAGCAUCGAGAAUGGUUAUCCAUCUCGUCGCCGCUCCCUCGUGGACGACGCCCGCUUCGAGACACUGGUCGUGAAGCAGACCAAACAAUCUGUCCUGGAGGAGGCUCGCCAGCGAGCUAAUGAUACACUCGAUGACUGCCACCUUUCAAGUCAGGUCCAUGAACUCCAAAAUGUAUCUCAAGAUGAUAAAGUCCAUAUUUUGAAUGGAGAGAGCAUUGCGGUUGAUGAUGUAUUUGACAAGUCAGAUGACGAAGAAAUCACCCCGGAAAGUCACGGGACGCCAAUCGAAAACGAUUGUGGACUCACGGAAGAUGAAGUCCUCCUGGCUAACGCAGCUUCAGAGUCUCCUGAGGCGGAGAAGAAGGUCCAGCGCGCCGCUCUGGUGGUGCGUUUGCGCGAUGGCAUGGGCUCUCUGGGGCGCAUCCUCAAGGCGAUUGAGACCUUCCACGGCACCGUGGUGCACCUGGAGUCUCGCCCCUCGCGCGCCGACGGUGUGCAAUUCGAUGUGCUGGCCAAGGUGGACAUGUCGCGUGCCAACUUGCUUCAGCUCAUCCGCGCCCUGCGCCAGACAAACUCCUUCGGCAGCGUGAACAUCCUCGCCGACGAGAAUGUGACACUGAAGACCCCGUGGUUCCCCAAGCACGCCUCAGAGCUGGACAACUGCAACCACCUGAUGACCAAGUACGAGCCAGAUCUGGACAUGAAUCAUCCUGGAUUCGCGGACAAGGAGUACAGGGCGCGUCGCAAGGAGAUCGCCGAGAUCGCCUUCGCGUACAAGUACGGCGAUCCCAUUCCCCAUAUUGAGUACACCGAGGCGGAGAACAAGACGUGGGGCGCCGUGUUCAGGACGGUGAAGGAUCUGAUCCCGAAGCACGCGUGCAUUGAGUACAGGCGCGUGUUCCAGCAGCUGGAGGAGGAGGGCAUCUUCUGCGAUGAUCACAUGCCGCAGCUGGAGGAGAUGAGCUCCUUCUUGCGCCGCAACACCGGCUUCACCCUUCGCCCGGCCGCCGGCCUCCUCACAGCCCGCGACUUCCUAGCCUCGCUGGCCUUCCGCAUCUUCCAGAGCACCCAAUAUGUGCGACACUACAACACACCCUACCACACACCCGAGCCCGAUGCCAUCCAUGAGAUCAUCGGACAUCAGCCCUUGCUGGGCGAUCCCAGUUUUGCCCAGUUCUCGCAGGAGAUUGGCUUGGCGUCUCUCGGUGCUUCCGAUGAGGAGAUUGAGAAACUCGCCACGGUGUACUGGUUCACCGUGGAGUUUGGCCUGUGCAAGGAGCAGGGUCAGGUGAAGGCGUACGGCGCUGGCCUGUUGUCGGCCUACGGAGAGCUUCUGCACGCUCUCAGUGACAAGCCGGAGCUUCGCCCAUUCGAGCCGGCCUCCACGGCGGUGCAGAAGUAUCAGGACCAGGAGUAUCAGCCCAUCUACUACGUGGCGGAGAGCUUCGAGGAUGCCAAGGAGAAGUUCAGGCGCUGGGUUGCCACCAUGUCGCGACCCUUCGAGGUGCGCUUCAAUCCGCACACGGAGCGCGUCGAGGUGCUGGACUCAGUCGACAAGCUGCACACACUCGUGGCUCAGCUCAACACAGAGAUCCUCCACCUCACCAAUGCUAUCGACAAGCUGGGGAAGCCCUUCUGCUAAGCACGAGUCGCCAGCAGUUCCCCUUUAAUUUAUUUCUUCAAAGCCAACAUCUUCGCGCAUCCUUUCGUUCUUCUCUCUCCCCCCCCCCCACAUAAAUGAUUGUUUUGGACCAAAUAUCUCACUAGGCUUAAGUUCUCAAACCCAAAAGAACUCCCCCGAAAACACACCCCCUGGAUCACGAGAUGCAAAAAAAAAACAAACAGCAACGUCAUGUGAGAGUGAAUUUUAUCGUCACAUUUUUCCAAAUGCAAAUCUCUGUGUUUAGCGCUUAGUUUUAGGUAUUUGUAGAUCUUGUGUGUAGAUUAGCGCACUCAGAUUGCACCAUUGAGCAAGUUUUCCACGUGCACACCUCACACCUCGAGGACUCUGACCUUUUGCCUCAGAGACCCACCCCCGAGGGCCACGAGCACCCACUGCGAGUGAGGGAUGACCGCCAAUUUCUUUUCUAUCGCUCUGUGUAUAUAAAAGAAGUCCCUCUCGCGCCCCUAUUUGUAAACUGUGUUAAGUAACUUCUCGCUAGAUAUGCUUCAAGUUUAGCUGGCGCAGGUCAGCGGCGCGCACGCAAUUUAAGUGUUUUUAAGGCAAACUUUAAAGAAUUUAAUAGCAUUGCAUGCAGGAAAGAAUGAGCAAAGAGAAAAUUAUUUGUGAAGAGAGCCUAAUAAUAAUUGGUCGAUUUGGAUUGGAAAAAAAGGAAGAAAAA